UAUUCGGUACGCGGUUUGAUGUAAACAAACACACGUGCAAAUUCAGAACAUGUAAUCUAUGUACAGACUGACACAUUAGAAAGUUAAAAGGACAAACAGCAACAGUACAUUUCUGAAGGUGACAUUUACGGGCCAGAAUGCCUCCCAAACCAAGACAGAGGGUGAGAAAAGGCCCACCUCCCAAGGUUGUGACUAAACCAAACCCUCAGGAAGACACAGAUGAAGCCGCAACACUAGAUAAAUUUGCCCUCGAGUUAAGAUGGUGUUUACAGCAGAUAGAACUCAGCAUGGAGAAGAAGCAGGGAAAUUCCAAACAAAGUGAGGAAUUGAUGAAGAGUCACUUGACUUUAUCGAACAACAAGACUCCCACGGUGAAGAAAAGACAGCUCAUGAGGUCAAUGUUUGGGGACUACAGGAAGAAGAUGGCCGACGAAGAAGAGACAUUUAAGAUUGAAAAACCCAAAAUGAAUGCAAAGAUUACUGCCCCACAGCAGUCAAAAUGUGUGAAAAAAUCAACUAAAAAAGUUGACCAGCAAACAGUUACUAAUACAGCAGAAGACAAUUCAAAUGGAGAAAAGGCAAAAGAAGCUGGAAUUUCCGAGUCCCAGCAAGAGGAAAGUGAUGCCAAGGAAGGUGGUGCCAAGGAAGGUGGUGCCAAGGAAGGUGAUGCCAAGGAAGGUGGUGCCAAGGAAAGUGAUGCCAAGGAAGGUGAUGCCAAGGAAAGUGGUGCCAAAGAAGGUGGUGCCAAGGAAGGUGCCAAUCUCAGUACUUCUGGAGCAGUUGUUGAUGGAAAAGAAAAUCUCGAGGAACCGCCAAAGCCUACAGAUACCUUCAAGUUCAAGUCAACAGGAAACGAGUUUAGAUUUAACUUUUCGAUGUCAAAGUAGCUGUGAUAAUAAAAUAUAAUUAUUCUC